AUGAAUCGAACCACAGUGGAUAUCGUCGAAGAAGGAACAGAGGAAGUAUCGCUUAGUGAGGAGCAACAACAACCUCAGAGGCAGAGAUACAGCAGUGAAUCAAUCGCAUGUCGGAUUUGUCAAAGUGCCACAGGAAUGUCCCGUUUAAUCUCGCCCUGCCUGUGCAAGGGAUCGCUUCGCCAUGUACACCGAGAUUGCCUGGAGCACUGGCUGAGCCGGUCCGGACUUACACACUGUGAGCUGUGUUUACAUAGGUAUCAAACGUACACGACGCUAAGGUACGGCUGCAUCGAAUCCUUAUGCAUUUGGUAUCGUCACCCGAACAAUCGUGGCCUGUUGGUGUCGGAUGCACUGAUUUAUGCCGUCCUGUCAUUCAUCUGCUUCAUCCUGACAAUGAUCUGCAUCCUGUGUCUUCGUUUCCAGAGUACCAGAGACAACACGCUCCAGGAGACCCUCGCUUCGACUGCCAUUGUUUGCUUUCUGCUGCUGGUGCUAAUUGUGUACCUAACCAACCUCUUCGUACUGGCAAAGGAUCACAUCAUUCCCUGGUAUAGAUGGUGGAGAUCAUCCCAAAGAAUACGUCUCUCGGAAAUUACCCUAGAUGAAGCAAUCAGUGAUGCCAACUCAUCGAUUGUGGUAUGA